AUGAUACUAGGCAGUCGAUCGGCUGCAGGAAUCCGCGCUGUCAGAGCCUUCUCCAGCGUAGCAGCCGCGGAACCCUCGACACAGGCCAGGGGUCACGUGUCCGUUUUGCACGCCCUGGCUGAGGCAAACUCACGAGCAGAUCUGUAUAGAGCUGCAAGGAGGUCGCAGGAUGUUCUUAGAAGAGGGUGUUAUGAUGCUUUGGAGCCCGGUAGCUCACCUGAGCAAGCCUCCGGGGCCGGUCAUCGACCCGGCACGGAAGGAUCCAACGUUCCCGACUUAGGUGGUUUUCAUCCACAUAGAGAUAACCCUACCUAUCGCAAUAUAAGCUGUACGCUACAUGACUAUGGAGUUUUCAAAGCAGCUGUUCGUAACGUUAUUCGCCAGGGAUGCAGUGACGUCACGGUGUGGUCAACGUUGGACAAGCACAUGAACCAGCUUACGAAGUCAUCUUCGGAACUAUACUUAAAUACUGCGCAUCAAAUCCUGUAUAGCUUGUCCCAAUUCAAGUGUCAUGAUCACAUUUUGAAGUCAAAGGUGGAAAGCAUUGCAGCUGGUAUCUUUGAUAAAGUCGCGGCCGCGGCUAGGCGGGAACUUCGCCGAGGAGUUAUAGACCUGAAGUUAGAGCCUCAACGGAACAUCGGGAGUUUAGAUAACGUAGUCGUUAAUGGUGAUGGUGACGAAAGAAGCAACGCCAUCGACGAUGCGCAUCGCCCUUCAUCGUCCGGAUUAGACCUUGAGUACGUGUGGAAGCUGUGGCACCUGCUUAACACAAGCUCCACAAUACGUAACAGUGAAGUUGCGCAACUUCUACUGGAGGUGAUGGAAUCGCGCAAGCAGGAGCUAUGUUCUUUCGACUUCCUCAGGACGCUGUGCACCAUGAGAGUGAUGCUGCAGCACGGGGGUCGGAUUGCUAAAGUAGAGGAGAGAUUACUCCUAAAACUUUUCAAAAGGCUAUUGAUGCUGCUAAAUCACAGUCCAGAUGUGGAAUCAAUGGUAAUAACAUCAUCGGAGCUUAGGGAUGAUGCCCCUUAUGCGGCCGGUUGCAGCCCAGACAAUACCGAAGGGCCCUUAGCUAACGACCAUCUCAAACAACGGGAUUCGAUCGAGCACCAACAACUGACGCCGCCUGGCAUUCUGUCUAAGGAAGGAAACCUAUACUUGACUAUCGGCCAUAUUCGUAGUAUCUUUGAGAUGCUCUCUUGCAUGUGCGACAAGAUGUCAGCUUCGUCAUUUGCAAGCAUGAUGGCGUCUAGUGGUUGCGUGCCGGGUAUUACUCGGAUGUUAGAUGCAGCAACUGUCGUUGUGGGACGAUCAGUAGCCCUGAGAAAACGUCUGCGUAGCGCAAUAGUGGCUUCUGGCCCGGCUGAAGCCUCCACCAUCGAUGUCCCAGUUGACGAUUGUCAUCAUAACCUUAACGCUAUGGAAUUGUCCCACACAAAGACAUUGAACUCGGCUGUCGCAUUUGUGAAACAUUUAGAUCGCAUCAGCGAUAUGGAUGGACAGCACUCAAAGCUCCUGUUUCCUAUUCGUGGACAUAUGUUAAAAUUCGUCUGCGUAUUCUUUCGUGACGUAUCAUGCGGUAAAAUCGAGGAUAACAUUUCACAGCUUAGGGCUGGUCAUUACAUACUUCUUUCCGCCGCUGCCAAUGGCCAGUGCAGCGAUGAUCAUAUGAUGGCAUUAAGUAAGUGGGCCAUUACAAUGAUCCGGGGAAUUUCCGAAUCGACAUGGCCAUCGACUCAUUUAACGCACCUUAUCCGCCUAAUGAUGCAGAUGGACAAGUUUGUUGCGCUACUCAAGGAUCUUGGUGUAGCGGCCAUGUUAAUGCCCGAACACUUGACGGUCACGAGUGAUGUGCUGUGCCGUUUUGUGAAUUCUGACGACAUAAUUUUAGGGGGUGGCGCAGUGGACAUUGGUGGUCGAAUAAGGGCGCUUAUUCUGCUGCAGAAGUAUGGAAUGCUGUCGACAAGCCAGUUAUCUGCAUUUCUUGAGACUCUGCGCGGCAACACCAACAUCCUAGAAUGGCAGCCCCAAGAUAUCGCAAUGCUGUGCGACGUGGUGAAGCGGCAGUUUAAUGAAGGAAUGCCUCAUCUCCCAGUGUUGGACUCCGGUGUGGCCGUGAUCAGCAAGCGAUGCGAUGAUGAUGCGGCGUCACCAACCACGGAGACGAUCAGUGGCGAUAAGGCCGAAGUGGCGGUGGAACUUGCUCGUGUGCUGGUGUCGUCCGUGGCUGCAUGUGUGGGAGGUGUGUCAGGAUUCGGUUGGACAUUGAACCACGACCAGCUGCUAUCAGUGCUGGGCAGCCACGUGGCAUUAUGUGGCGUUCCGGAUUGUGCGAUGAUCGCCCAUGCCUGCAGACGGUGCGCCACCAUGAACAUUCAGCAGUGCGUGAGCUGCCUGACGCUAGCCUCUGAAGCUGUGGAGGAGAUGGCCGUGCAGCGCAUCUCCCAUCUGCUUGGUAGUCGGCAUACCGUGUUGGACAUCACACCAGUGCUGUCCAUGCUGUGCGACGUGGCAGUGUCCAUCGCCUCCGAUAGUGGCGCUGCGCAUGUGCCGUUGUUGAUCAACCCCCGUCGAGAAGACGCCACGUCAACUGUAACAGAGCCACCUGUGUUGAACUGCAACGGGGCAGCGAGUAAAUUGCGCCACGCCACCGCCCAUAAACUGCACCGCGCACUAUCAUUGGCGGACCGUCACUUGGUAGUACUGGACGACGCGUCUGUGCUGAAACGCCGCAUGCAGAAGCAGAUCCAGCGUAUGGUGCGGUGUAGCCGUCGUACUACGAGUGGCCAGCGUGUCGACCCGACUCUAGAGGCACCGGUCAUCGCUGCUCAGAGUGCCGUUCUGCGUUACGUCGCCCGCUUCGGAGAGCGACAUCCACAGAAAGGGAAGACUACACUCAGCUCUAUUAAAUGUUGGUCAUGGCUGACGCGCAUCGGUGUUAAUUGCAUGCUCCAGUCAGUCAGUAAUCUUCUUUGA